CCAAAAGUUACUAUUGUCGGAAAAGUGAAAACAAAUUGAAGUUUUUGGGGGAAAACCCAGCUAACCGUAAAUCCACGCCGGUGCUUCUGAAAUGGCCGGUCUACUAGCGUGGGCGGCGGACGUCGUCGGAGGCGGCGGCAGCGGGCGGAGCGACGACGAGAACGAUCCAGAUUCAAUCCCUCUCAUCUUCACUCCUGAGCAACUCGCCUACGCCCAAGAGCUCGAUCGCAAAUCGGCUUCUCUUAACCGUUCGAUCCAAGAUCUGCGGCUGAGAUUGCCCCCGCCCGACAUCUCCCAGCGCCUCCCUGACCUCCACGCUCACUCGCUCGCCUCCAACAAUGCUCUCGCCCUUCAACUCAACGCUCAUUCAGCUACCAAGCAACAGACGCAGUUGAGGGAAAUUAGGUUGCAGGAAGAAAAUGCAGAGUAUCAAAAGGCUAUAUCAAAUUGCGAAACGAAAAUUCAGGAGAAGCUGCAGGAAGCAGGUUUGCUUCGAAGUAAGCUAAAGGAAUUGGACUCGAUUGAGGAAAGCCUGAAAGCUGAGCUGCAAAGAGCAGAAGCUUCCAUGAAUUCCAGUCUUUCGGGAGAGUCAAACGAGUCGCCUCAUGAAUCCAAGUCAGCAGUCGAAGCUCAGGAGGCGGAAGCUUCUAAAUCUGCAUUGAUGGAGGAGUUAGAAAACAAGAAAAAGGAACUGGCUUCGAUCGAGAGGACAGUCCAAGACUUGGAGAAAAGGUGGCAACAAGUCCAAGAUAAUGCAAUGAAACAGCCGACACCAGCCCAGCGGGAGAAAACAUUGGAUAAACAGCUUCAUAGCUCAAUCGAACAACUUGCAGCAAAGCAGUCUCAAGCAGAAGGUCUCAUAAGUGAAAUCCGCGUUAAGGAGCUGGAGCUGGAAAAGUUAAACGGGAUAUGGAGAAGAAUUGAAAACGGCAGUUCGGAUAUGAAUAUGGCCAGAAUUAGAACCGGGAAAAGUGCAUCGUCUUUACAUUCUGAUUAUUCUGUUGAUUCUCAUUACAAGCUUCCUCUUCAUACAGCUGUUAGAAACGAGAGUUUGCAGAGGUUGAUGCUGCUCAGGUCGGCUUUCGUGCUCUACAUUUUAGUUCUGCAUGUAUUGGUAUUCAUCAAGAUUUCAUUUUAAAGUUGAUUAUAUUUGGGGGAAGCUGAUAGUUUCUUUUAGUUAUACACGAUGCUCCCGAUUUUGUACAGAUUAAUGAAUGAUAAACGGGAAUUACAGAUGGCAUUGUUCUUGUUCUUGUUGUUGUAAGUUGAUGCUACAGUUAAGCUUCACUUGAUUUGAUGAGUCUUCACUCUUCAGUACUC